UGUACGGAACGAGCUGCCGGGGCAAGUGGUAGAGGUGGGCAAGUGAAGUGGUAGGAAUUGGGGUGUGCGGAGCUGAAGUGCAUUGGGCGAGAGAAACCUGUAGGGAGGCAGGGUGAGUACAGGGGGCGACCCAGCUCGAGCAGGCAGCAACCACGGUAGUAUGACGGUCUGGUUAACACCGUUACAGCGGCUGUGACCCGGGUUCAAUUCCCGCCCCUCUGUGAACACGCGGGUUUCCUCCCACAUACGGGUUAGGACUUCUAAGGUGUGGGCACGCUGUGUUGACGCAGGGACCGUGGAAGCACCUGUGUACAGCCCCCCAGAACACCCUCGGGCUCUGUUUGUUUAUCGGGAUGGUGAUGCUGCCUUUAGCUCAGGGCAGCAAGAACUGUGCUUUCGGAAAGGCGAAACAGGAGCAUUCUCGGAGAAUAUACAACCACUUCUGCGAUACCAGAGACACGAGGUGCGUGUGGCGGGGAAUUCAGAGGAUUACCGACCAGAGUCUGCCCUGUGCGUCAGUGACCAGGAUACCUCACUCCCCGGCAGGCUGGAUGUCUUUUACGCCCGGUCGGAUGCUCGGAACAAAGUACCGACAGGGAGGGCACCCCUCCCCGCCGGAGAGCAGACACUCUGUCUGGCUGAAGCUGACGUGACGAAGACCCUGGUCAGAGUCAACCCUCGCAAAGCUGCGGGGCCGAUAAUAUACCAGCUCGGGGCCUGAAAGACUGCGGGGCCCAGACUCUGGAACUAUCCAUUGUCCCCUCGGUUUUCAAACCCCUCGGAUGCAACAGAAUCCUGCCUAAAUGGCGAUCGACCUGUGCCAAUAUCAACCAUUUUGAAAUACGUUGAACGGCUGGUCAUGAAGCAAUUUAAAGCCUUCCUCCCGGAUACACUGGACCCUUUCCAGUUCGCUUAUCGCUCAAAUCGAUCCACUGAUGAUGCAAUAGCCUCUGCCCUCCACUCCGUCCUGUCCCACCUGGAAAAUGGGUUUCAUAUGGCAGGUUGCCGGUUAUAGACUUCAGUCAACUUUCAACGCUUAUCCCAGAGAGCGGAGAAUCUGCGGAAUCCUCUGCCCAACGAAGCAGUGGAGGCUUGCUCAGGAUUGCCCAGGAGGAGUGCCGGAAGCCUAUAACAUGAACUCAACCAUCAACACCCCCAUUGUGAAGCGGGCUACAGAACCGAGAGAGGAGAAUCCAGCAGACAGGACCCCGGGGAAUGGAUCUGCUCUGCAGCCGGAGACCUGUGCGAUUGCCCCCCUCACACCCAGACUCUCACCGUGCUCCCCCCGUCGGGACGCCCCGCCCUCCCAGUCUUUCCUUGCGGUGGUAGCGAUUGAUUUUGGGACCACCGCCAGCGGGUACGCGUACUGCCUGGUCCGGGAGCCAGGAGCCAUUCACAUGAUGAGGCGAUGGGAGGGUGGCGACCCAGGGGUGGCCAACCAGAAGAGCCCGACUUGCCUGCUGCUGACCCCUGAGGGCAGUUUCCACAGCUUGGGUUACACCGCCCGGGAUUUCUACCACAGUCUGAACCCGAGAGAGGCCUCUCACUGGCUUUACUUCGACAAGUUCAAGAUGAAGAUCCACACCUCAUCGGACCUUACCUUGGAGACAGAGCUGGAGGCUGUAAACGGCAAGACGAUGAAAGCUCUACACGUGUUUGCUCACGCACUGAGAUUUUUCCGGACUCGGGCCCUGAAGGAGCUGGCUGAGCAGUUCUGCCGGGAGUUGGAGGAAGGAGAAGUCCGCUGGGUGGUCACCGUACCAGCCAUCUGGAAGCAGCCGGCCAGACAGUUCAUGAGGGAAGCUGCCUACUUGGCCGACCUCACCUCCCCCGACUGCCCAGAGCGGCUGCUGCUGGUGUUGGAGCCCGAGGCCGCCUCCAUCUACUGCCGGAGACUGCGGCCCAACCAGCUGACGGACCUGUGCGCCAGCCCACGGACGCCAGAGCCCAGGCUCAACUCCAGCUUCAGGCAAGCUCGGGAGCAGCUGCGACGAUUCCGGAACAGUCGGAUCUUUCUGUUAGAGAGCAGCAUGGGAGAGCUGUGGGCAGGAAUGGAGUCAGGAGACCGUUACAUGGUGGCAGAUUGUGGUGGCGGGACCGUUGACCUCACGGUCCAUGAGAUCGAGCAGCCGGCAGGGACGCUGAAGGAGCUCUACAAAGCCUCAGGUGGUCCAUACGGAGCAGUGGGUGUGGACCUGGCCUUCCAGGAGAUGCUGUGUCAGAUUUUCGGCUGUGACUUGAUCGAGGGAUUCAGGCUGAAGCGCCCGGCAGCCUGGGUGGAUCUGAUGAUGGCGUUCGAGGCCCGGAAACAGUCCAUCUCGCAUAAACUCACCACUCCACUCAACAUAUCACUGCCCUUCUCCUUCACUGAGUUCUACAGGAAGCACAGAGGCGAGAGUGUGGAGGCGGUGCUGAAAAAGUGCAGUAACAAACUGAUAAAGUGGAGCUCGCAGGGGAUGCUGCAGAUAUCGCCCCAAGCUGUGGAUGAGCUCUUCCAGCCAACUAUCAGACUGGUGGUGCAGCACAUUGAGGCUGUGCUGCGGCGGCCCGAGGCGGCAGGCGUGCGCUCCCUCUUCCUGGUGGGGGGCUUCGCGGCGUCGGGGCGGCUGCAGCGGGAACUGGAGCGAGUGUUGCCCGAGGGCUGCCGGCUGCUGCUGCCGCAGGCCUCGGGGCUGAGCACGCUGCAGGGCGCCGUGCUGCUGGGCCUGGAGCCAGCCGUGGUGCGGCUGCGGCGUUCGCCCCUCACCUACGGCCUGGCCGUGCUGCGGCGCUUCGAGCCGGGCCGCCACCCGGCCCACAAGCUGCUGGAGCGGGACGGCGCCCAGUGGUGUGCCGAUGUCUUCGACCGGCUGGUGCGGGCCGGCCAGCCGCUGGCCCCCGGCGAGCGGCUACAGCGGCGCUACAUGCCCGCCCGGCCCGGCCAGCGCUCCGCCCGUAUUAGCCUCUACUGCGCCCCCGAGCCCGGGGUGCGCUUCGUCAGCGACCCCGGUGUCCGGCGCUGCGCCACCCUCAGCCUGGAUCUGGACGCCGGCCCGGAAGACGGGGCUGAGCCGGUGGAGCGGCCCGGCCCGGCCCGCGAGAUCCGAGUCAGCCUCCAAUUCGGCGACACCGAGAUCGGGGUGUCGGCCCUGGAUACCCUCACCGGCGCCGAGGUCCGAGCCACCCUCGACUGGCUGUCGGAAUGAGAGGGGAAAGGAAGCCCUCUCCUUCGCCUUUUAAACACCCCGUUAAAUCCGCUCCCACAUCUCAGACCCUCUCCCCACCCACUGAAUCCUUAUCUCCUGCAUCCUGAGGGAGGGUGACUCUCUACCACCCCAGCUGUCCUGAGCAGGUAGUCUCAGACCCUCUGUUGGGAUGGUCCUGAGGUAACUGGGUGAAGGUGACUUUGCGGGGCACUCCCUGAGCACAGCUGGUCAGACAUAAUCGGAGUACGCAUCCUAACCUUGUCAUCAGUCAGUAUCCCACGUCAGGAACCUUGCUCGUACAUCCACUCAUCCUGGUCUAAACCAUAGGAGCAGAAUUAGACCCAUCAAGUCUGCUCCACCAUUACAUCAUGGCUGAUAUAUUAUCUUUCUCAACCCCAUUCUCCUGCCAUCUUCUAGCAACCAUUGACACCCUGAUUAAUCAACCUCUACCUUAAACAGAACCCAAAUCUGAACCAGAGCACCCAGGACUCUUGUCUUCCCAAAGGCUCCCACCUGCACAAACUGCCCUUCAGAAAGGUCUCAGUAUUGAUUUGGAGUCUACCCUUGCCCUGGUGAGCAGUUAGAUCAACCCCUCUGAGACUGGAACCUCUCCCGGUCCCAUCUGCUUGGGAAGGAAGGCCUCGUUGCCUUGUGUGUCCACAGUCGAAGAUGAUAUGAGAAGGGUGGGUUUGGCCUCACCCAUCGAUGUUCACCAUCAACAGAUUGGGGGUUGAGGAGGAGGAUGGAGAUGGGGGGAGCAAAUUAACACUUGGAUCAUCAGUCUGGUGACCACUGAGUGUGUAGGAGGGCAUAGUAACAUGGUGCCACUGUUAACCUGACCUAUAACCUGUUAUUUAAAAUUUCUAUAUAAUUUUCUGACAUUAAACCAUGGAUAAACAUUUUUAUGUGAUAUUA